GAACGGACACGACGACGUCUUGAUCGUAUUAAUUUUCGGCUGCAAGAGCUAUCCUGUGCGUUGAUCACGUUUCUUUCACAUGAUAGAGUUCGCAAAAUAUUCUAUAAAAGACCACUAUAUUCCGGGAAUUGUGACUUAGUAUAACAUACUAACAAAAUGGGGAAGGCUAAAAAGGGGAAGAAGAACUCGACAGUGGACGAGGGUGACAGUGAUGUAGAAACGACAAACAUUGAUAACGUUAAACCGGCGCAAAAGGCAAAGAAAAUAUCUGUGGAUUCCGAAAGUGAAGAAGAAAAGCCUAAAGCCAAGGCUAAGCACAAGAAGUCUGUUGAUGAAGAUGUAAAAGAAGUCACAAAGAAUAUUAAAAAUGUCUCAAUUUCAAAUAAGUCUCGCAAGAAAAAGGAUGCAAGUAGCGAUGAUGAUGAAUCAGAACCAGAAGAACAAAAGCCAAAGAAAAAUAAAAAGAAGGAAGAAAAGAAGAGUGCAUUCUCUUUGUUAGAAAUCGAAGAUGGCGACGAUUCCCCACCUGAAGCUCCACCAUCGUCAGAUGAUGAAGCACCUGUACAGAAACCACAAAAGAAACCUGCCCAAGAAAAGAAAGAACCAGCGGGCAAAAAGGGCAAAAAACAAAGACGGAAUAAGAAUGAUAGUGAUGAUGAUAUAGAAAAGGUACUAGCUGAAUUAGAAAUGGAAUAUGCUGGAAUUAAGAAAGAGGCUACUCCUGCCCCUGAAGCAGCUGCAGCAGAAAAGGUUGAGGAGGUAGCUGAAGAAAAACCUAAAGCAAAAAAGAAGGGUAAAAAGGAAGAGCCUAAGGCUGAACCUGAAAAGGAAGAAGAUAAAGAGGGAAGUGACAAUGAGAAUGAUGUUACCAUAAAAACUGCAGCACAAAAGAAAAAAGAAAAGAAGGAACGAGAAAAGCAAAAGAAAUUAGAGGCCAAAAAGAAGGAAAAAGACCAGGAGGGUAAAAAGGAGCCUGCUGAAGUGAAAGCUAAGGCUCCUGAGCCUGCCAAGCCCAAACCUGAAGAGGAAACCAAGGAAGAGCCUGCCAAGGAACCCUCAGAAGAAAAGGACGUAGAUGGCGAAGCUCCCACGGAAGGAAAGAAGAAGAAAAAGAAGGGCGAAAAGGCAGAGAAAGAAGACAAAACAAAGAAAGGUCCAACCAAGAAGACCAUUGCUGCUAUGCAAGAAGCUUUGAAGAAAGUGCAAGAAGAAGAGGAAAGAUUGAAAAGAGAAGAAGAAGAGAGGAUAAAGCAGGAGGAGGAACGUGAAAGGCAAAGACUGGAAGCUAUAAGAUUAGAAAAGGAACGAAAGGAAAGGAAAAAGCAGAAGGAAAAGGAAAGGAAAGAGAGAUUAAAGGCUGAAGGAAAGUUGUUGACACCAAAACAGAAAGCUGAUAAAGCUAGGGCUCAGGCAUUGCUGGAUUCUCUUAAAGCUCAAGGUAUUGAAGUUGGAUCAGCUGAGAAGAAACCACUUAGGCCAGGCACCAGAGUGAAGCCUGGCAAGCUAAAGACUCAGAUGUCACAAGAAGCUCCAUCUACACCUUCUGAGGAGAAGAAGAUUGAAUUAAAGGCUGAUGAGAAAGACAAAAAGGAGGAGUCCCCUAAACUUGAAGAAAAGAAGGAGUCUGACACUGAGUCAGUGAAAGACGCUUGGGAUGCGGAGUCUUCUGAAGACGAAGCUGAACCUCCCAAGGAGGAACCGCCGCAGACUCCAGUCAAGGAGGAAAAGUCAGCUCCAGCGCAGGAUAAGGGUAAAGAGAAAGUAGAAGAAGAAGAAAGCUCAGAGGAAGAAGACGACAGUUCAGAAGAAGAAAGCAGCUCCGAGGAAGAGUCGGAGGAUGAUGAAGGCAUGACUGAUGCCCAGAAGAAGAGGGAACUCGUAUUGAAGAGAUUAGAAAAACGCAAACAAGAGAAUGAAGCGAACAAAACGAACAACCCUCUUCGCGCCGCCGUCGUCUGCGUCUUAGGUCACGUCGACACCGGCAAGACUAAGAUCUUAGACAAGUUGCGUCGAACCAACGUCCAAGAUGGUGAAGCCGGCGGUAUUACGCAGCAGAUCGGCGCCACUAAUGUGCCCAUUGAGAAUAUUAAGGAGCAGACGAAGCAUGUUAAAGGGGUAAAUGAGAUAGCAUUUAAGCUGCCUGGUCUGCUGAUCAUCGACACUCCUGGGCACGAGUCCUUCAGCAACUUGAGAAAUAGAGGGUCCUCUCUAUGUGAUAUUGCCAUUCUUGUCGUAGACAUAAUGCACGGCUUAGAACCUCAGACUAUCGAGUCGAUAAACCUCCUGAAACAGAAGAAAACUCCGUUCCUUGUGGCUCUGAACAAGAUCGAUCGUCUGUACGACUGGCAGAGCGCUCAGCGUAAAGAUGUGAGAGACAUACUGAAGAUGCAACAGCCUAAUACGCAGUUGGAGUUUGAGAAGAGAAGCAAGGAUGUUAUGUUGCAGUUUGCUGAGCAGGGUCUAAACGCAGCCCUAUUCUACGAGAACCCAGACCCCCGUACUUACGUGUCCCUGGUGCCCACAUCGGCCGUCACCGGUGAGGGUAUGGGCAACCUGCUCGCUAUGAUAGUCCAAGCCUGCGAAGGACCACUGCAUAAGAGAUUGGUGUUCUCUCAGCAACUGUUGGCUACUGUGCUUGAGGUGAAAGCGAUCCCCGGUCUGGGCACGACCAUAGACACGAUCCUCAUCAACGGCACUCUGCAUGAAGGCGACACGAUGAUACUGGCCGGCACCGACGGGCCUAUUGUUACUCAGAUACGUUCCUUGCUUAUGCCGCAGCCUAUGAAGGAGCUUAGGGUUAAGAAUGCAUACAUCGAGCACAAGGAAGUGGUCGGCGCUCAGGGAGUGAAGAUCGCAGCUAAAGAAUUGGAGAAGGCCAUCGCCGGCCUCAAUCUGCUCGUAGCGCAGAAACCUGAUGAAGUUGAUGUGCUCAAAGAGGAGGUGGCUCGCGAGCUCAAAUCCGCACUAUCAUCUAUCAAGCUAUCAGAACGUGGUGUGUACGUGCAAGCCUCUACGCUCGGAUCCCUAGAAGCCUUGCUUGAGUUCCUUAGGACUAGUAAAAUUCCCUAUUCUGCUAUCAGGAUAGGUCCGGUGGUGAAGCGUGACGUGAUGAAGGCGUCAGCUAUGUUGGAACACGACUCUCAAUACGCCACCAUAUUGGCGUUCGAUGUUAAGAUCGAACGCGACGCUCAAGAGAUGGCGGACAACUUAGGCGUGAAGAUAUUCGCGGCGGACAUUAUCUAUCACUUGUUCGACAAAUUCACUGCGUAUCGCGAGGAACUUAAACAGAGGAAACGCGAGGAGUUCAAGCAUAUUGCUGUGUUCCCUUGCAAGCUCAAGAUCUUGCCGCAAUUCGUGUUCAACUCCCGAGACCCUAUUGUCGCCGGUGUCAUGGUGGAGGCCGGUAUCGUGAAGGAGGGAACGCCUAUCUGUGUACCUAGCCAAGAGUUUGUGGAACUGGGAAUAGUGACAUCUAUCGAGGUGAACCACAAGCAAGUGGAGACGGCCCGCAAGGGGCAGGAGGUCUGCAUCAAGAUCGAGCCCAUCCCCGGCGAGUCGCCCAAGAUGUUCGGCAGACAUUUCGAUGAGACUGAUAUGCUAGUCAGCAAGAUAUCACGCGCCAGUAUUGACGCGUGCAAGGAUUACUUCCGCGACGACCUCAUCAAGACCGACUGGCAGCUGAUGGUCGAACUGAAGAAACUCUUCCAGAUAUUGUAAUCCCACCGCGCCCUGUCCCACACGGUGAAGCUCUCCAAUUAAUAUAAUACGACGUAGAAACAUUUCGUCAAAGCUUUGUCUGUUCCAUCUAACCGUAGUUCCUUCUCCGUUGUAUCAUAGAAUCUCACCACCUCUACAUUUUGUUAUCAAUUUUUGUAUACUAACGUGAAUUUAUCCGAAAUAUUUUAACAUGUCGGUGGGAAAAUGCGAAUGUCAAUGUCACGGCUGAGCCUUGUAUUUUAUUUUAUCUUAUCUGAUGUCUGAUGUUUUACCUACUGCCACGUCUUGUAACUACCGAAGUAUCAUGAAUGGCAAAUUGUCGAAUAUCUCAACUUCGAGACGCAUUGUAAAUAGUAUUAUACAUGUUUAUUUAUUUAAUUAUCAAAGCCACGUGGUCUUAUGAUUUGGUUGGACCGAAUGGAAAUUGGACGCUGGAUGUCAAAUUGAAAUUUUAAAUUAGCAAAUGCCUUCAGUUUACUUCUUGAUGAAGAAUCAUCCUUUGUAAAUAAAAUGUUCACAUGAAUUUAUUUACAAUAAAAUUUUGUAGUUUUAUGUAAAUAAAAUAUAAUGAGAAAUCUUUGCAUGUCUUAAUUAUAACGUGAAGUAGUGCAAUAAACGAUCUCGAUGUCAAUAGUGUCUUCGUGAGGCAAUACCUUCGUGCGGUGCUUCUGAAUGUAGAUAAAUGUUUAUAUUCACUGUCUUACUGUAAGUAGCAACAAUACUGUUCACUCCACUAGGGGCACUGUCUGCCCGUACGUUAGAAAGGAGGUCGUCUAUUGUACGAAAAUAGUAUAUUUUCGUUGAAAUUUGAAUGCUGUUUGGAAUAUUUUCCUCGUAUGUGGUGGUACAUACAGGGAUUGAGUACUGAACUUGAUGGUAAUCGGAAUAGAAGUCCAUGGAGGUUGUAUUUUAUACGUAGGUAUUUUCCCUUUUUGAAACGCUUUGUAUUAUAUAGAUGGAAUCGGACAUAUUCUUAUAUUGAAGAACUUUUAUUAAAUUACAAAGUAAU